CAAACAAUUUAGUACUUACGUUUAUGGGAGAGUGUAUAUUACGAAUUGUCAAGGGAUAGUUGGUUGUCAGUUUGCGUCUAACGGAACUCUCGCAUCCAAAAUAAAGAUACUUAUCAAUUCAGCAUUAAAUUUUAUCAUUAAAAAUUUGGAAGCUGCACCUCAGAAUGGCAGGCUUUGCUGCUCAGGCAGCAUUGAGGUCAAAGUGGAGUAAUUUGGUUGAGUCUUCCUCAUUUGAUGUACCUGGAGAGGUUUCGUCGGGUGUGAGAAGUGUUGUUGGAUGGCUGAAACAGGCGUCUCUAGAGGUACGCCAGGCAGGUCGGAGAACACUCACUACCUUGUCAGGUGGAGCCAUGGCUACUUCUCCCAUUACGAUUCUGCAUUAUAAUGAUGUAUAUAACAUCGAGUCCAGAGCAACGGAACCAGUGGGAGGAGCAGCAAGAUUCUGUACUGCAAUUAAAUCUUUCAGCCAUCUUAAUCCAUUAGUGCUGUUCAGUGGUGAUAUAUUUUCUCCAAGCAUGCUGAGUUCCUUCACAAAAGGAGAGCAGAUGGUUCCAGUCCUGAACGAGUGUGGCACACAUUGUGCUGUAUUUGGAAACCAUGAUUUUGAUUUUGGACUAGAAGUUCUUGGUGAAUUGGUGAAUCAGACUACUUUUCCAUGGCUGAUGUCAAAUGUUAUUGAUCAAGAGACUGGGAGGCCUUUGGGAGAUGGCCGAAUAACAUAUGUUGUUGACUGGAAUGGGAAGAGAAUAGGACUUGUUGGUCUUGUGGAAAAGGAGUGGCUGGACACACUUGCAACUAUAAACCCAGAAGAAGUAACAUUCCUUGAUUUUGUGGAAGCAGGCAAGAAAUUAGGAGCUCAGCUGAAGCAGGAGGGUUGUGACUAUGUUAUAGCACUCACUCAUAUGAGAAUGCCAAAUGAUGUUAAACUUGCUGAAGCUGUUGAAGAAAUUGAUUUGAUUCUGGGAGGACAUGAUCACAUUUAUGACAUUAGACAGGUGAAUGGUAAAUAUGUUGUGAAAAGUGGGACAGAUUUUCGGCAAUUUUCAAAAAUCACUGUUGCAUUUGAUAAAAACAAUAUUGAUGUUAACGUAGAAGAGAUUAAUGUUUCCUCUGAAUAUUGUGAGGAUGCUAUACUGUCCAAAGCUUUGGAGAAAUAUUCAAGUAUCAUGGAAGGUAAAAUGGAUGAAGUUUUAGGAUCAUUUGCUGUUCCACUGGAUGGCAGAUUUGAAAGUGUACGAACUUGCGAGACCAAUUUGGGCAACUGGGUAUGUGAUGUUGUGUUAGCUGCAACUGGUGCUGAUCUGGUUUUAUUGAAUUCAGGAACAUUCAGGUCAGAUAUGAUCCACCCAGCAGGACCAUUUACUAUGAGAGAACUUGUUGCUGUAAUACCUAUGAUGGAUCCGUUACUAGUUCUUUCUGUCACAGGAAAUGAUAUACUCAGAGCACUGGAGAAUGGUGUUUCAAACUAUCCAAAGCUAGAGGGAAGAUUUCCUCAAGUAGCUGGUCUGAGCUUCGCUUUUGACCCAUCCAAAGCAGCGGGGCAGAGAGUAGAUCCUCAGCUGGUGCGCAUUGGAGAUGAGUACCUGAUUCCAGAUCAGCAUUAUCGCCUUGCAACAAAGUCUUACCUUUAUUCUGGCUGCGAUGGAUACACCAUGUUUAAAGAUGCCAAAAUAGUGGUAGAUGAAGAUGAAUGUCCUGAAUUGGGUUUAGCAAUUCAGAAUCACUUCCAUGCCAUAAAUAUGCGCCUGGGCAAAACUAAACGACAUUCAAAACACCGACAAAGCCUUGUCACCUUGUCUCGCAGACACAGCCUAGUAAAAAUGUUGGAUGGUGGUGAACUGGAUGGACCUACGCCACUCCGCCGCUCAACUACUGUAGAUGUAGGCUCUGGUGAAGGGCCUCGACACUCCCCGAGUCCACCUCCUCAACCACGUAACCGUCUAACUCGGCGUGCCAGUCUCGAUGAUCUAGAGCAUGAGUCCUGUCAAUUGAUGCCACGUGUUGAGGGUCGAAUAGUGAUCCUUACUGAUCAGAAGCGCCAGGAACUAUUAUUGGAGCGGAAGAGGCUCGAGGAAGACUCAGUAAUACCAGAAGUAGAAGAUGAAUGUUCACCUCAGGGAAGCAUUGAUCAGUCGUAGUUUAUAUACAAAUACUUAAAGACAUGUUAGUUCAGUAUGUGAUUAACUAUAAAUUUUAAUACAGAGGAGAAUUAAAUAAAUGACAAUGGCUGUGGACGUACUGCACAUUUACUGUUGGACUCGGUAUCUUUUUCCUUCUUUUGUACACAGUAUAUGUGGUACCACUGAUAAUACUCAAUGUAUAGGAUGUACAAUAUUUUAUAUAAUUUUAAUUUUAUUAUCUAUUUGACUACCUCCUUAAACUAGAUAGAUUUUGUUUCAAACUUCAGUUUUUGAAACAUUUUCUAGGUAACUGAUGGUGCUGUGUGUUAUAAUCGUACAUUAAAUUGUCAAAUUAUGCUAAUGUUUACCAGUAUUCUUGUACAAAAAUCUUGCACUUGAAAUCGCCAUAAUUAUAAUAUUAUCACUGAUUCUUUUAUUUUAUCACUUUUAAUUUAUUAAUUGUAAAUAAUGUGUACAAACAAGAAAUAUUUUAUAUUUGUUUAAUAGUAGUUAGA